GGGCGGGCGGCGCGCCGGGGCUGCGGGAGCCGCCGGGAAUCGCCGCCCCGAGGGAGAAGAGGGACCGGGACCCCGCCGGAGAGGUGUCCAGGAGCCGCCGCCCGGCCCGCUAGAGAAGCCUAGGAGCCACGUUUUUUAUGGAGCUGGAAGUCCAGACUGCGGAGUAAAACUUUGCGGUUUCUCUCCGCGAUCCCCACAUGCAAGUUGAUACCGUGAGACCGGCUGCUUUUCUUACUGCUGCUACCUCGGGCGCUGAGGGGCCGGCCCUCUCCUCCCCCACCUGCUGCUGUUCCCUUCAGCCGGGCCCUAGAGCUGCUCAGUGGCUUUACCUGGCCAUGUGGGGCUAGGAGAGCUGCAGCGGUUCUCCACAGCGUGAAGCGGUAAACAUGGAGGCGGCGGGCAAACCCGACGGCGGGGAGCAGAGUCAUCAAAGUAGCGGCAUGGACGCCCCCGGGGACGCUUCUAUGGACUGCUACUUGCGAUCUCAGGGCUUGUACAGAAAGAGAGUUGCCAAGGAUGGAUCCUGUCUUUUCAGGGCUGUGGCCGAGCAGGUGUUACACUCUCAGUCUCGGCACAUUGAUGUUCGGAUGGCUUGUGUAGAGUAUCUUCGGAAAAAUAGGGAGAAAUUUGAAGCAUUCAUAGAGGGGCCAUUUGAAGAUUAUUUAAAAUGUUUGGAAAAUCCACAGGAAUGGGUUGGACAAGUAGAAAUAAGUGCCCUUUCUCUUAUGUACAAGAAAGAUUUCAUAAUAUACCGGGAACCAAAUGCUUCUCCAUCACAUGUAACUGAAAAUGGCUUUUCUGAUAAGGUAUUGCUGUGCUUCUCAAAUGGAAACCACUAUGAUAUUGUUUAUCCCAUAGAGUAUUCAGAAAAGGCUGCUCUGUGCCAGUCUCUGCUGUAUGAGUUGCUGUAUGAGAAAGUAUUUGAUACAGAUGUAAAGAAAAUCAUAGCAGAACUUAGUGCUGUUGGUGUGACAGAGGAAAGUAACGGUAGCAGUGAAGUGUCUGCUUCAGAUUCAGAAGAUGACAAUUACAGAAGUAAAGCUACAACAGUUAGUGAUAUGAAUGGAUUGAAGUCUCUUUCUGGCAACAAGCAUGUCAAGAGCAAUGGGAAUCCUACCUUAUUGGUCUUACCUAGAAAAGUUCUUAAAUCACUCAAUCCAUCAGUUUACAGGAAUGUUGAAUAUGAUGUUUGGCUCCAAUCCAAAUGGGAUCAGCAAAAACAAGAUUUUUCUAUUGCUGCUGGCAUGCAAUACUCAGUUGGAGAUAAAUGUAAAGUGCGCUUAGACCAUAAUGGGAAGUUUUAUAAUGCCCAUAUUCAAGAAGUUUGCUCAGAGAAUGGGCCAGUUGUUGUAUUUGUAGAAGAGCUUGGAGCAAAGCAUGCUGUCUCACUGAAGAGCCUUAAACCUCUUCCACAGGCCUCUCCUAUGGAGGGCUGGAACACUGUGCCAGGGAAGAAGAUAAAAAAGUUUUUCCCAACAUGGGGGCAGAAUGCUCAGCCUGAUGCAGAUUGCAGAGGGCCAAAGAAUCAGAGCAAGUCAAUAAAACCCCAGUCAGCACUACCUCCUCGACUUCAGCAUACUGCGGGAACCAGGCAGCAUCAGUUCUUAUGUUCUGGACCCCAACCUCAUCAGACCUCAACUGAGCAAAAAGCUCCAGGCAGGAAUCCUUCUCAGACUGUAAGAGAAAGAAAACCAGACCGGGAGAGAACCGAGGAUCUGAACCAUGGCAGCAGAGAUUGUAACUACUUUGGCCUGUCGCCGGAAGAACGCAGGGAAAAACAGGCUAUAGAAGAAUCUCGUUCACUUUAUGAGAUCCAGCAGAGGGAUGAACAAGCUUUUCCUGCUCUUUCCAACAAUCAGUCGGUCUGUCAGGCUGCUACACAGACUGUGGAUAAUUUAAACCAGAAAAAGUUCUCAAAUAAUGAGAGAAAAAACAGCAAGUGGACAGCAGAGGCGGCUAGCAGAAAGGAUAAAGAGUCAAAUUCCAGGCAGAUCCACUUAAGUCAGAAGCUUGAGCCAAAUUCAUCUGAGAAGAAUAGUCAAGAUGAGAGUUAUCCAAAAGCUUCAUCUCCUUUGGAACAAGUAAAAACAGAUUCUCCAAUUCUUGCUGAGCAAAACCUGGCAGAAUGCUUACCAAGUGUAACUCCAACACCCUCACCAGUCUUUCCUGAGGUGCAUUUACCUCCAGCAGUGCCUUCUGUACCAGCCAUUGUGCCAGCUUGGCCAAGUGAGCCAACAACCUAUGGACCAGCAGGUAUCCCAGCCCAAAUACCUGCUUCUUCAUUGAUGCCAGCCCCAGCAACGGGACCUGACUCUAUUGUAUCACAGGCUCAGGUAACAUCUGCUCCAGUUGCUGGAGUCUCCGUGUCACUACAAGCGGUUAACCAGCCUUUAAUGCCUUUGCCUCAGACUCUGAAUCCGUAUCAGGAUCCGCUAUACCCUGGAUUCCCUUUUAGUGAAAAGGGAGAAAGAGCUGUUGCACCCUCUUACUCCCUGUGCAAUACUGGGGAAGACUUACCUAAAGAUAAGAAUAUCCUUAGAUUUUUCUUCAAUCUUGGUGUGAAGGCAUACUGUUGUCCCAUGUGGGCACCCCAUUCUUACUUGUACCCCCUGCACCAGGCCUAUUUAGCUGCUUGUAGAAUGUACCCAAAUGUGUCCCUUCCUGUGUAUCCACACAACCCCUGGUUCCAGGAGGCUCCGCCGACUCAGAAUGAAAACGAAACUGCACGAGCAAACAGGCACUUCCCUGUUCCAAGUGAGGCCAGAUCCAAUGGUCAGAUUCCACAGGCUGACAGCAGAUCUCCAUCGCUGCCUCUGAUCAUACCUACAGCUCAGGUGUCAGAAAGUCAAGGACAGGUCUGCGUAGAGUCGGAGAAUCCAGUGCAAGCUCUUCACGCAAACUAUGAGGAGUCCCUGAGAGGGAAAAAUAUGUUCCCACAGCCGCCCUUUGGACACAAUCACUUUCUAGGAGCUGUUCCAAUAGCACCUCCUUUCUUUCCUCACUUCUGGUAUGGGUACCCAGUUCAGGGUUUCAUUGAAAGUUCAGUAGCAAGACCUAACGUUGUGCUGUCGCCCGAGGACAAAGAGGCAACAGCCAGCACCUCUGCGAACGUGUAUGCGGCUAAGGAGUGCAGCCCUCCGGUUCCCGUAAUGAACUCUGCAGAACAGCUUCCCAAGAUGAGCAGCAGCGGCGGCUCGAACGCCGUCCCGUUCCCUGUGGCUGGUGCAAGCGGUGAAUGCAGUGCCCCGACAGAAACUUCAGCCAGGGCACCCCAGCUGGAGCAAACUUGUCCUUCGGCUUCUCCUGCCAGGCAAAAACCAGCUGGGCAGCAAAACCGAUCUCCGCAAACACAGGGGACUGAGAGGCAGACAGCAGUGCCCACCGCUCCGCCGCUGUUGGCAGAACUGCCGAAAAAUGAACUGAAAAACAGUGUUCCCAGUCGUAAGGAGAAGACUGAUAAAGGUAGAGAUUGCAAGGGCGCUGGUAACCCGCAGGUGGAAAGCAGGGCGCAGAGAACGAGGGAAGAGAGCUCCGAAGAUGAGAGUGAGGUCUCCGACAUGCUGAGAAGUGGUAGAUCCAAGCAAUUUUAUAACCAGACUUACGGAGGAGGCAGAAGGCCUAGGCUGGAGUGGGGCUAUUCCAGUAGGGGAGGGUACCAGUUCCAAAGAAACGAGGAGGCCUGGAAAGGAGCACCCGGCCGAAGCAGAGACGAGGGCUACCAGUACCAGCGAAACUUUAGAGGGAGGCCGUAUAGGAAUGACAGGAGAAGGGCAACACUGGGAGAGAAUCAGAGGGGGCAUCAAGCGUAGAAUGAACGGAUAAUUGAAAAUUCUAAAAUGCAAAAAGUAAUUUGAAGUAGCAGUUUAAAAUCUUAAUCUUUCUUUUUAGUAAAAAGUUCAAGGAUACGUUUAACUGUCAGCGAGUAAAGACUAGGGAGGAUGUGAACUCCUACCAUACGGUUUUUUUUGGGAUUAUAGAGUUUGUUUGGCUUAGCGUUUUUUCCUCAAUGUCAAAUUAGAAAAAAAAAAACCAAUAUAGGUUUAGUGUUUGGUAAUUUCCACCCCCCCACCCCCAAGGUUUGAGUUUGUGAUAGAGGAUGGAUACGUACGUUUACUGGAGUGACAGAUUAUAGCAUUUGAUGUGGUCUGGAUUCUAAAACUGAUGGUAACAUUGCACCAAAUAUAAAUGUAUAUUUUAUCAUACAAUGCCUUAGUUCUGAACUGAGCUAAAGGAAUUCUCAGCCUACUGCACUGUUGUCUUUGAUAUGCUUCCAACCCAAAGGCCUUUCAUCUCAAAAAGAAGAAGAAAAAAAAAAAAAAAAAAAUCUGUCAAACUUGAAUGUUUCUCUUCAGUGUGUGACAUGUAUGGCAGCCAGCUAACCCUGUGUCUUAGGUAUGUUGUAUAUAGUUCUUUUCAUAUUCAUAGGGUAUAUUUUUGAAUUUUAAAAAGCAUUUA